AUGAUUCAAUAGCAAGCAAUAGAAGUCUACAUGGCUAAGUAAGGGAAAGCAGUUUAAUCAUACUUGAUUACUUUGGUUGAUGGAACAGGCUCAAUGAAUCAUGAAUACGAGACCAUAAUAAAAGCACAUUAGGCAACAUUUUCAGACUUAGGCAAUUAAAAGAUGGAUUAUCAAUGGGAACAGGCUUUAUACUCAUUUCUUCCUUAUAGAAGUGCUGGGAGCGGAAAUAUUUCUAAUACUUUUAAUGUGAUAUUUGAGAAAUUAUUGAGUGGAGGUUACCCCAAAAACAUCACUUUUUUAUUUGUUAGUGAUGGAAGAGAGCACUUUGAAAUAAACGAAGUAUCCGCAUAGAUUAAGAUUAUGAAAGAAAAAUUUUUAAUUUAGUUCAUCUGUGUUGCUGUUGGCGAUUAAUUUCCUGGUUAAAUUAGUAUGACAUUAAGAGAGUAAAUCCACAAUUAGAACGAAACUUGUCCUGCUGUGUUUAAAGUUACUAGAGGAAACCAACCAGUCGAUGUCUUGUAUAAAGAGUUUAGCGAAAUAUUUAUAAAAGUUAGAUAAUUAUUGAAUGUUCAAGAAAAACAUUUUGAAACUAACUAACCUGUUUAUCAAACUUUGGUGUAACAAAAACCUACAACUCAAGUAGCACCAAAUGAGCCUUUUUUUAGAAUGGUUGAUGAAUAAACAGAACCAAUAAAAUUGGAUAAUGAGGUUAUAAAUCCAACAGAUAAACCAAGUGAUAUAUCGAAACUGAUUACUAUUUCUGUGGAAAAAGAACUCAUCCUUACAGCAAGUGACCCUUAGCAUAAUUAUAAGGAAGCAUUUAACAAAAUAGCUGAUUUAGGCUAAAAGAUCUUAGAUUAAACUAAAUUUGAGAAGGAUGAAAAUGAUGAUAUAAAAAAACAAGCCUCCUCUUAAAUCUUUUUAGCAACUAACAUAGCAGAAGGUAAUUUAGAGUUGAAGAAAACCGAGAAGGAGAUGACUGAUUUACAAAAAGAUAUUAGAGACCCUGUGAAGAUACUCGAUUUCGUUGAAAAAAAUGCUUAAGAAAUUAAUGAAUAGGAAUUGACUGAUGAUAAGGUGAAAAAGAGAAUGCAAGGCUAAUUUAAUAAUACUAAACUUGGAUGUUUUGUAAGAUCAAAAACAACUAAAAAAGAAUUAGACCUGGUAGAAUCUAUUUGGUCUAUUACUGAAGAAGGUCUAAAAAAUUAUAAAAAAGUCAUUGAAAAGGAUCCAAAAUGUAAUUUAAAUAAGCUAUUGACUGAUCUAAAGGGAUUGAUAGAUAAACAAUUAAUAAAAAUAUUUGAAAAGUAAUCAAUUACUGAAUUACUCGAUAAGCAUAUUUCUAUAUUAAGGGAAUUGAAUGAUACACUUAAAGAUAUGGAUAAAUUAAUUAAAAAGUAAGAUAAAGUGAAAGCAAAUGAAGUAAUACAAUUUAUAAAUAUUCGUGCAAAACCAAUUUCUGAAAAUAACAUCUAUUAAACAGGUGCUAUUUUUGAUUAAACUGAUGAAUUUGAAUAUUUACCAAAAUCAAUAUAGAUAAUAUUAAGGGACGAUGAAGAGGAAUUGGAAAGAAUGGUUCUUCUUUUAUUUGAUGAUAAUGUUAGUAUGGCCAAUGAAAUUUAGGCUGCUAAAUCCAAAUUUUUAUAAGUAUUUUCAAGAUUGCCUGAAACUCACAAAUUAGCGAUUUGUUGGAGAGACAGGAAAUUCUCAUUAUUAGAAAAUAAUUAAUAAUAAUUUGAUACAUUGUAUAAACUAAUCGAAACAUAAUAACAAGCUUAUGAUCUAGAAAAAUAGGUUGAUGGCAAGACAGAUUAUGAUUUACUACAUAAAGCAAUUAAAGAAAUUAAAUAGAAAUAGUAUCUCAUAAAAUUAAUUUAUAUUACUGUUGGAAGCCAGCUAAAAACUCAUUUGGAAGAUGUGAUUCUUACAAAAUUCAGAAAUAGGGAAGUCAAAGGCAAACCAUUAAUUAAAGUAAUUCCAAGAACAAUAGCAACUAUGUUUCAAACAAAUGAUUCAUAAUUAAAGAAAUCAACUACGGUGCCAAAACUAGAUGAGCAAUUUAUAAAAGUUUAUGAUGAUAUCUUAGACCUCAUUGUGAAAGAAAAGAAUCCAGCAAUAAAAGAUAAUUAAUUUUGA